AUGUGCUAUCUGGACGUCGAGUGGCUCGAGCCGAAAGGGGACGGGUCGGGGGCCCUGGGGGGGGGGGCCGCCCCCGUCGGCGUCGAGCAGCCCCCCCCGUCAGACCCAGAGACUCCUGAGCCCCACCGCUGCUGGGACUGCGCCCGCUCCUUCAGCACGGCGUUCCAGCUCACAGAGCACCGGCGCCUGCACACGGGCGAGCGCCCCUACAAGUGCGUUCAGUGCGGCAAGAUGUUCUGCCACCUGGCCAACUAUCAGCAGCACCUGGAGCGCCACGUGGGGGACCCCGUGCACAAGUGCCCCUCCUGCCAGCGGGUCUUCGGCACCGAGCUGAUGCUGGAGAAGCACCUGUGCUCCCAGGGGGUGCAGCCCCCUCCCGGGGAAUUCCAGUGCGGGGAGUGCGGCCAGGCCUUCUGGAGGAAGCAGGAGCUGAAGAGGCACGAGGAUCGCCACCGACGGGAGAGGCGCUACAAGUGCUCUGAGUGCGGGAAGGGGUUCCGCAAGUACGCCUCCAUGCGCGCCCACCUGGAGAUCCACUCUCGCGUGCCCCUGUUCUGCUGCCCGGACUGCCCCGAGCGCUUCGAGACAGACAGCCAGCUUCUCAGGCACAGCUUCCAGCACCUGGGGGUGAAGCCCUUCACCUGCCUGGACUGCAAGCGCUUCUUCAAGUGGGCCGGGAGCUUCAAGAAACACAGGUGCGACCCUAAGAAGGUGUACUGCGCCACGUGCCUCCAGUAUUUCGGCAGCUUCCGGCUCUACCAUCAGCACAAGGAGGAGACGGGCUGCCCCGGGACGCCGGCGCCCACGGUGACCCCCCUGUGCGCCGACUGCGGGGAGACCUUCCCCUCCAGAGAGGCUCUCCGCGAUCACAGACCCUGCCACCACCUGGGCCAGCUUCUGUACACCUGCGUGGAGUGCGGCAAGACGUUCCGCUACCCCUCCCUGCUGCUGGCUCACAUGCGCCGCCACGCGCCCACGCAGACGAUGCAGUGCCAGGGCUGCAGCAGGAAGUUCACUCACAAGGGCAGCUUCAGCAGACACAUCAAAUACUGCUGCCUGCUGACCGGGACCGGGGAGCGGGCGGGAGAGGGAGAGCGAGAGCGAGAGAUUAAGGUUGAAAUCAAAGAGGAGAAGGUGGAAGAUGACGAGGAAGAGGAGGAGCACGAGUGCUUGAAUUGCGGAGCGCUGCUCCGGCAGUCGGAGCUCCACGGACACUACAUGCGCCACGCCGAGGAGGGGCUGCUGAUGGAGGAGGAGGAGGAGGAGGAGGAGGAGGAGGAGUUUAGUUUAAAUGACCUGUCCACUAGUGUCCGGUGA